AUGUUGUUAUUGAUAAAGAUAGGAAUUACAUUAGGACUAUCUGAGUUGGGUCUGAAUCAAACCCACCAAUGGUGCUUGUCCAUGGUUAUGGAGGCUCAGCCAUAAUAUAUUCUAGGAAAGGGAGGGAGUAGUAGACCAAUAUUUAAUUUAAAAACACCUGAAGAGACUGAAAGAUUUCUAGUUGAUUGGUUUGAGCUAUGGAGAUAGUAAAUGGACUUAGAAAAUUUCAUAUUAGUAGGGCAUUCCUUAGGCGGCUAUAUUUGUGGACUCUACGCCUCUAUGUAUCCUCACAGAGUAAGGAAACUUCAGCUGCUUUCUCCUUUGGGGUUAGGAAAAUAACCAACUGAUCCUUAAACAUUUAAAAAGCAUGUUUUUUCAACAAAGCUAGAGGCUUAUCUAUGGAGAAAAUAAUGGAGUACGUUUAGUGUUUUAAGGUUAGCAGGAAGAGGUUGUGGAUAUUGCAUGAUUGGAGGAUAUGUUAGGAGGACUUUGCGUAAAGCUUCAAGAUCAGAGCAAGUUGACUAUUAAAAGUAUUUGGCUCAGACUUUCUUGAGAGCAGGGUCAACGGAGUACGCUAUUUUUAAAUGUUUCAAUUCAGAGAUUUAUGCUAUCAACCCUCUGGAAAGUGAUGAUAGAUUAGGAGGAAUAUAAAUCCCUUUGAGUAUAUUUUUUGGAGAUCGUGACUGGAUGCGCUAAGAAGGAGCUAAAGAUAUAAUAUUUAAGAAUAAAUAUCGAGGCAUCCACAGCCAUUUCUAUAUAAUUGAAAAUUCCAAUCACAUACUCCAAUUUGAUAACCCUCAAGAUCUGGUGCGAAACAUGAUCAAAGAUCUUGAGAAUCUAGAUCAGUUAGAGAAAUUUAACUUAGAAGAUACUGGCCAUUUUGAUUAAAGGAGAGAACAAGAUUCUUUUUGUUUGAAUGGAGUAAACGAAAUAGAAGAUCUUCUUGAGAGAUAUAAUGAAUCGAAAAGAAGACUCUUCGGUGUGGUGGAAGAAGCUAAGAAUAUUAACGAUAAUAUACAUUUAUCUGGAGUCUAAUGA